UCUGUCAAUAAGUAUGGUCAUGUACCAUAAACUCCCAACCAAAACAAAGUAGAAAUUGCGCCAAACCACAUUCACCUCAGCUUUAAGUACACUAGUACAAAUAUAUAUAGAUUUAGUGAUAGGUUUGCAUGGAAGUGAAACAAAGACAGAAAUCCUUCAAGAACUCUGGCUGCAGGUACUGAAGUAUUGCAGAAGAAGUUUGCUCCAGAUCAUAAAGAAGAGAAUAAAAAAGCAGUGGUGUAAAACAGUUUUGGUUAAGGGAGAAUGAUAUUGAGAUUGAACUGCUCUAUGAAUAUUAAUGAGCAAAUAAUUGCUGCAUGUUGCUACAAACAAUAUUUGAAGCAUAAUUUGAAGCAGUUGUGAUCGGGUUUGUAACCACACUAUAUGUGUUAUUGGGUACAAGCCAUUGUAUUGAUUGAACUCAAGCCAGAAGAAGCCGCUUUAUUCACAGCAGUUGAACCAAGAAGAAAGACACUGAUUUGCUAUUAAACAAGAUGUUUUAUGGACUUAGACAGUGUUAGCUGGUAGUCAUCAGCAGAAAGGGGAUAGAGCUGAAAUGGUUAUUAGUUUUCCUGGUAGUAUAAAGUAUCGAAGAAAUCAGAGACGCAUUACUAAAUACCUCCAUCUUGUUGCAGAGUGUAAACAAAAAACUUAGCUUGGGAUAUUCACAGUAAACAUUGUCUGUGUUUGCCAAAGAAGGAAAUAAAUCCUGAACCAUGUUGAAUUGAUAUAACUUCCCGCUCUUGGUGGUUGACCAGAGCUACAGAUACAUUAUUAAAAACUAGAUACGAGCGUUGGUGCUUCACAGUGUUAGUAUUUGCUCGAAGACUCGUACCAGCAGGAACCAUGGUGAAGACAUUCCAAGCGUAUCUGCCGACCAACAAGUGUCACCGCCUCUACAGCUGCGUACACUGUCGGGCACACCUAGCCAACCAUGAUGAACUCAUCUCCAAGUCAUUUCAAGGGAGCCAGGGGCGAGCAUAUCUCUUCAAUUCUGUAGUGAACAUUGGGUGUGGCCCGGCAGAGGAGAGGGUUCUGCUCACCGGCCUUCAUGCCGUCGCUGACAUCUUCUGCGAGUGCUGCAAGACCACCCUUGGCUGGAAAUAUGAGCACGCCUUUGAGUCUAGUCAAAAGUACAAGGAAGGAAAAUUCAUCAUAGAGUUGGCACACAUGAUCAAAGACAAUGGGUGGGACUAGUCAACAAAGGGGCGGGGCCAGCACGGGAGGAGGGGCCGUAUUUGUAUAACUGUGCUGUUGCUUUUGCAAAAUGUAUGUCACGUGCCAUACAAUAACAAUCAUAAAUUCUAUAUAUACAAAAUAUUUGAAGACAUUUAACAGAAGAAAUCAGUUGUUACGCUGCUUAAGGAUAUUUGAUAUAUCAUGGUGUUUACAAAUUUUAAUCUAAAUUAGGCUUUUUUUUCUGUCAUAUGAAAUUAUAACCAUAAACAAGACAAAGUGUAAAUCAAUGUGAGAGAUACAUACAGACACUUUGUCCAGAAAGCAACAUAAAAUAUAAAGUAAAUAUAGGUUGCAAAGUCCCUCCACCGCCCCUGAUUGUGUUGGACGGUUUGAUGGAUCUCGAUUUUAACAUUCCCACUGCAGAAUACAGUGUUGAUGUCUUUCAUAUCUUAUAAAACAUUUAUCUGACAAUGCAUAGACGUGUUCAUGAUUCUUCACUCACAUAUUUCCUAUGUCUGCUUCAAAAACAGUUUUGAGCUGAAAUAGGCAUGGAUAUCUAUCGGAGCAAAGAAUCUGAUGAUUAGAAAUCAGUGUUAUUGUCAAAGAGACAUUGCAUUUGGCAUCAUAUAUCUUGUCAAGAUUUCAAUGAAUUAAAUCAGGGUUGAAAUGUGAACAGAUAUGUGUGACUACCUGUAAAGAUAAGAAAGUCACUGUUGAUUAGUUUCCUAUCUCUGGUUGCCAAUAAAUGUUUAGAGUGAUAUUUCCAAGAAAUGUGUCUACAGAUGAGAGCAGAAAAUGAACAUGAAGCGGCCAAUGAGGAAUUGAUUCACUUCAGCACAUUCUUGAAGAUGGCAUGGACUGCUUCUUCCUUGGUGAUAAUCAAUGUAGUCAUGUAACUGGAAAUGAUGUGAUUUUAAAGAACUGCAUUGAUGACAAGGAAGUUGCAAGAACAGAGUUGAAAGAAGAAAAAACAUUUGUGGGAUCAACACUUUCAGUAGCAAAUGUUUGCUGUACCAGAUAUUGUGUUUAGACCCCUGCUUGUUACUAUGCUACAAGUACAAUCAUUGUUCUGUCAUACUUUUUUGAUUUAGCUAUUUUAGUAAGAAUGUUUGAACUAGCCAGCAAUAUGCCGUAUAAUCAUUGUGUAGAAAAUUGUACCAUUCAUGAUUUUGUGGAAGUUUUCAAUGACCAGGCUUGAAAGGGUUUUAUGUGAAAAUAACCUAGAUAAUUAUGGCUUGAUAAGCUGUAAAAGACAACAUCAUUCUAUUGAUUUUGGGUCUUUUCUGCUGCUAAACCGGCAUCUGAUUGGAGACUUGCCUAAGUCACUCUGUGAUUUAAUGAUCCAAUUUGAUACUCUCACAGGGUCAGGAGGAAAAUCGACAAGCUAUUUUCAGAAUUGCUGCUAAGAGACUUAAUUAAACAGGAGGGAGGCUGUGAAUAACUUAAAACCAGUUCAGGGAGACCUUAAUGUUUUUUGUCCAGAAGUGAAGUUAUUUGUGGUUGGUUUUCAACUUUAACAUUACUGUUAUGUCAUAACAAGGUAGUUUAUACUUAAAAUGGGUAAACAUAUUAACAGAAAGUGCUUGAAACUCAGAAAGUGCAAAGUGAUUGACUACCAUUUGCACUUCCCACAUUCUUAUCCCCCAAUUUUACACCCUCUACAUUUAAUGAUAUGUACUGUUUUAUGGGAAAAGCAAUCAGAAUCAAGAGAGCUAGAAUAAUUUUGUUGUCAAAUGAAGCUCUUAACCAAAUUGCUGUCAUUCCUUGAUGGUCACAUGAUGCCACUGAAUUCGAGUUUAACUUGUAAGUUUAUAUUGCAGACAUCAGAAACAGUCUUAUUAUAUUGUUGCUGAAUGAAUCUCUUAGCCAAAUUGCUGCCUUUUAUUGAUAGUUUCAAGCAAAAUUUUAACUGUUCUUUCAUGAUAACACUAGAUUGGAGUAUUUAUUUUUGUAGUAUUUUUAAGUUUGUAUUACAGACUACAGAAACAGGCAUUAUUGUUCAGCUAUUGUUUUUAGAUAAAUAUAUUAAUUUCUUUUCUUUCAAUGAUAAUAGUAUGAACACUUGCCAUAUAGAUUUGUUUUGUUUAGUUUCAACACUUAAUUAUUUGUAUGUGUCUUAAGUAUGUGCUUAACAGACAACUGAUUAAGCUUACAUUAGCAAUCCACUCUAUUCUUAGAACAAUCAGAGGGAUGAAAUGUGAAAAUUGUUAGCAAAAUGUUAAGUAUCAAUUUUUUUCUCAGGAAAUUUUCAGCAUUUUAAUGUGAUAUAGCUGAUAUCUGGCCAAAACGUGAUAUUCCUGUGAUACAGAUGAAACGUUUAGACAUUUGUUCUGCUUCAUUCUCAAAAAUCUUGAACCUUAAGGUGACGCCUCUGACAUGAUCUAUUAGUUUUGGUGCACCAGACAACGUAUUGAUACAGUCAUUAUAAGGGUGUCUAUGUCAUGAGAAGUAUCAUGUUUGGGCUGAUGGAGCUGCUAAAAGAACAUUUCUGACAGAAGCUUGAAUAACACCGAAUGAUGUCUUACAUUCUCCAUUGUACCAAUAUAUUUUCAUUGUGCUAUGUUGUUUGAUUUUUGUGCUUAUAACUUGUGUUAGAGAAGUAGACUCGUAUCAACUCAUUUCAACACUCCACACUAUAAUCCAAUAUGCUAUAAUUUACUAAUAAGUGAAGGCAUGGUUCAGAUUCUAUAAUUAAAAACAAAUCAAACACUUUUCCAGCGUAAACAACAAUGCUUCAACAAAUAUAAAGCACCGUAUCAAAUGUGUCACAAGUAAUCACCUGCAUAAAUCAAGUGUUAUUUAUUUGUCAUCCCAGAUUCCAGAAAAUAAUUUACCCUGUUUUUACAUCAUUACAAAUAGGCUGGUUUAGGACAUUUCUUGGGAAAAUCAAUUCUGUCAGAUGUAUUUGAUGCUGAACAAUGCUUUAGGGAUUUAGCAAGGAAUUUAACUGGUUAGAGACAUAUAGCAAACAUGCUAAAAGUUAUUGACUUUGUGUUUUCAAGCAGCUUAAACUGAAUUAGUUGUUGCCAAUUUCAUGGACGUUGAACCAUCAGCAUGUUUUAGUUUAUGUAAUGAAUGACAUUAGUUUCUCUGUUUUUAAACUGAAUAUUUUCCUUUGUAUCUUAUUUUUGUUAUUGGUUUUGGUAAUGUUGGGUUAUGAAUGUGUUCAUCCUGGGUGAUUUCAGAUGCUGGUUUUGACUAAAUGGUCCAUUUAUAUUGGGGAAAAUCUAGACCAAACCCCAUAAUAAAAAUGUCAAUUCAAACUUGUGACAAAAUUGAAUUGUCCUUUAUAAAAUAUGAGUACCUUAAUGGGACAUAAACACAUGUUUUAAUGUAUGCCUUUGGAAUAAUCUUGCUACAUCUUCCAGUGAUAUAUUUUUUGUGAUCUCAUUUAGUACAUAUUGUGUAUGGCCAAUGUUAUGUUAUAAUUUUGUAAAGUUACCUAUUCUGACAGUAAACAAUCACAAUAAAUAAUUAUACACAAUAAAUUGUUCAUGAAUAAAUUGUUCGUGAUUUCAAUGCAAAAUAAUGUGUAACUGAUUUAUUUGUUAUUUAGUCGUAUAGCUACACAUUGUAAGGGAUAUAACAUUGAGCCAUUUCAUCAUGUUAACUACGUCAACAUUGUCAUUAUAAUUCAUAUUACAUUUUUUCUCGUAUCAUGAAAUUUGCCACGUUGUCUUUCAAAAUGUAUUCAGUUUGCAGGAGUGCUUUCAUAAUCUCAUGACAGAUAUUUGGUUAAUGUUUCUGACAGACAUAAUUAAAUGCAGAUAUUGCUUGAAUUACACAAUAAAUACAUUGGUCAUUACAGUAAACAAAUUUGAUGUGUAUGUUAUAAGAAGAAAUUUUCAAGUUUUCACAUUGUAAACCCUUAAGAACCCCAUGGUAUCAUCAGUUUAUUAUGCCAGAGCAAAAAAAUAGUUCUAAUUAACUGUAUAGAAAGUGCUUGACUGAAAUAUUGAGUGACAAGUACCGGUAAGUCAUUAAUAAUGGUGUACCGGUGACUAAAAUAAGUCAAAAACAUUGGUGGACUGGUGACAGGGGAGAAUGAGCUUGUAAAUACUUCAUCAAUAUUUCAUCUUUGAUUAUCAUUGUAAAUGGUUGGAACAAAAGUUUUGUUGAAUGAUUAUUUUUUAUAGAAGGAAUAUCAUCAUGUAAUCAUCAUAUUUAGCUAUUGAAAUGUAAUGUGAAACUGACAUGCAAUUCCAGGGUUAUGUAAAACUGCCAGAUCCUUACUCCGAAAAUAUUAAUUACGCUUUUUACAGAUUAAAGCUAUUAACAUCUUAGGACUGUUUUCGUGUGAUAACAAAGAUGGAAUUGAGUGUUGUCCAUAUGAAGAGUGAAGGACUGGUGGUAAUGCAAAAAGGUUUAUACGUAUUGCCGUAGAAGGGUUUUGUAUGUUGGCUUUCGAUUCCCAGCAGAAAUGUGCUAUAAUGAUUGCCUGACUGUGCCUGUGAUUUGUAUGCCUGUGAUUUACUGUUUACCACUCCUGUAUGAGCAAUACCAUAAUAAUUAUGUAAAACGUCCUUAACCUUUAUUUCAGUUCAUGAUAGAAUACUGUCCUCUUUAAAGACAAAUAUUUCUAUUCAUUUGGAUGACUGAAAACUUUUCAAGAAAUUGUUUCUGUUGCAAAGAAGAUACAGAUUAUUUUUUAAGAAGACUUUGAAACACAAUUUCUUGUCACUUUGUCAUGGGGUUUGAGGCUUGCCUGUGAUAUUAUGAGACUGCAAUAUACCUUAGAAGUACAUUAUAUUGAAUGGAUACAUUAUAUUGAAUGGAUACAUAGUGCUUCAGGUGAUGAAGAGUUGGGUGCUGGGAUUUAAAUGCUUUUCCUGGAAGUUCUAUGUUGUAUAACAUGUGCAUGAUGAUUCAAUAAAAUGUACUUUUUCUCGUUACCCUGUAACAUUUUGAUGAAAAAUUGUUUGAUUUAUGUGAUAUUUUUAUGUGAUACCUAACAUUGAAUUUCAAUUAAAAAAAACAUAUGAAUAAUUCUAGUCAAAUACUUGUGAGAACUUCUUCCUUGAUUCACUGUCCCCAUACCAGUUGUGUUGACCUGUUUGUGGAUCAGAGUGAAUGUUAUCUAUCCAAAUUAUGAUGAAUUAAUAGUUGAUGUGAUUGAUCACUCUCAUUUCAUUAUCAAGGUGACAUUAAAGAUGUAGGUCUAUAGCACAUAAACAGGUCAACAUUGCUUGUGUUGAGACAAUAAUGCUGAGUAUUGUCUUGUCCAGUUCUGUGUACAUGUAAUGGAUGAACUUUACCAGUGCUGUAUUUCUAUAUACCUUUUUUUAUUUGUUUGUUGUUAGUUCGGUAUUUUGCUGUUUUGAUGUAUUAAUGAUUAUGAUGUUAGAGGUUCUUGGAUAGAUUGAUGAACAUUGUACAUGUGAACUGUUUUCAUAUUUUAGUAUUAACACCACAAUCUGUACACAGACUUGUAUGUGACGUAAGUAUAAAUGAUACACUAGUCCGCCUUUUUUGGAGGAGUACAUGGGUGUAACUGGAGAAAAUAUAGUGCAAGUUGUUUUGUGUGACACUGUAAUUCAAUCACCUCUGAGUCAUUUCCAUCACAUAUUUUCUCUUAGCUCAUGUUUUUUUCUCAUCCAUAGUUUAUAACUUUUGCCUCAGUGAUCAUGAUUUGUAGUUAUUACUCAUUUGAUUUUGUACUUUUUUCUUUGUGCAAAAAAUGUAAUGUGUGGUGAGAAUUUCUUUUAAUAUGACAGUGUUCGAUGUAUUAUUCAUACUGUAUAAACAUUGUCAAGCUUUGGCUAAUAAAAUGUAUUAAAAAGCA